GGUGAAUGGGGGUGCCCCCCCCGCAGCCACAGCCGCCCGUCGCCCCUGUCCCCCGCAGAUGGUGACGUCCCCGCGGCCGUGGCGCGCGCUGGUGGCCGUGUCCCUCUGUGCCCUGCUGUGCCUGGCGGCCGCGUACCCCCCGAAACCCGAGAGCCCCGGCGACGACGCGUCCCCCGAGGAGAUGGCCCGGUACUUCUCGGCCCUUCGCCACUACAUCAACCUGGUCACGCGGCAGAGGUACGGGAAACGCGCCAGCCCCGGUCCCGCCGUGGCGGAGCUGCUCCUGGGGGCCGCCAGUGACAGGUCACGGUACGAUGACGACUCCUCGUGGUGACCGCCCCGCCCAGCCCCCCCCGUCCCCCAAAUCCUCCCCAUCUCUCCGGGUCCCCCCAGGGGACUCAGGG